CAUCAGCCAUAAUAGAAUCACUUUCCUUUUUGUCUUUAGUGAGCGCGGUUGCAUUGAAGCAUUGAAGGCUGCAUUUAUUGUUCAAAAAACAUUCCUAAAUAUCCUGUCAGAAAGCUCACAAUGGCAUCGCUCCAACAGUACAGCAAAGCGGAAGUGGCCAAACAUAACACCCCCAAGGACCUGUGGAUGAUAAUCGACGAUAAGGUUUAUGACGUCACCAAAUUCCAAAAUGAACAUCCCGGUGGGGAGGAGGUUUUAAUCGAGUCUGCUGGCAAGGACGCAACCACGGAGUUCGAAGAUGUUGGACAUAGCACCGAUGCAAAGCAACAGAUGAAGCAAUACUUAAUUGGAGAACUUAUCGAGGCUGAUCGAAAGAAAAAACCAGCUGUGCCGGUCGACUUACAACGGCCACUCAUCAUUGCGGGUUCAGCGCUGGCCCUCGGAUUGGGACUAGUAAUUUUGUACAGAGCUUUUAAAAAGUAAAAUCUCCAUUGAAAUGUCUUGAACAAAUAGCGUAAAGAUCACAGGGUGAAUGAACUUUAUUAAAGCCGCUCAACAGAAUUAAUAAAAACCGUAGGAUCAAAGCCUAAGGAAUCUGUUAAAAGGCUUAGUAUUUAAUCAUCAUGCAUUACAAAGUAAGCUUCUAUAACCUUAUGAAAUUAAGAAUAAAAACCUAAAUACAA